UCAGUUGCUAUGACAGCAAGACUGUUAAAAUGGAAAUGCAUCAUAACCAGAGACACAUACUACAAUGCAGAAUACCACACCUCUCAUGCAUAUUGUAAAAUGAAAAAGCAAAGCACCCUCUCGUGUUUUUAACUAUCAGGUGCAGCAUUUAAAGUGAUGGUUCACCCAAAAAUGAAAAUUCUGUCAUCAUUUACUCACCCUCAUGUCAUCAAUUUCUUUGUUCUGAUGAACACAGAGAAAGAUAUUUGGAAGAAUGUUAACAAUUUUCAGUUCUGGGACAUCAUUGACUACCAUAGUAGGAAAAAAAUAAUAGUAGUCAAAGGUGCCCCAGAACUGUUUGCUUUUCUAAAUUCUUCAAAAUAUCUCAUUUUGUGUUCAACAGAACAAAAAAGAUACAUUAUUUUUUUCCUACUAUGGUAGUGAAUGAUGUCCCAGAACUGAAAAUUGCUAACAUUUUUACAAAUAUCUUUCUUUGUGUUUAGCAGAACAAAAACAUUAAUACAGGUCUGAAACAAUCUGAGGGUGAGUAAAUGAUGAUAGGAUUUGUAUUUUUGGACGAACAAGAAGUGCAAGGUUAGUGGGUGUAUUUGUGUAUGUCAUUCAAACAGUGUGCAGUGUGUUCUCUAUGAAAAGAAUGUAUUUGUUAAUGCGUUCCUUGCAUACAAACACAGACAACAUGAAAAGAAAGGCUGUCUUUAUUAUUGCCAAACCAUACCAACCGGUUUGUUUUGAGCAGAUGAAACCAAAGAAACCAAAUUAUUUACUCUGCUCAGUGGACUUUACCUGGAUAAGCACUGUGUAUGUACGCUCUAUCACAUUGUGCUUUAAAUGUGCCUUCAUUUGACUACAUGCAAACAAACAACCAACAGCAAGUAGUUUUCCAACCGCCUGAAAUGAAGAGUCCAAUUGAUUUUUGGUAUUACAACAUGAGAGGAAAACACCAAAGAUAAAGACAGAUUAAAACCCAAUCAAACUCAAGUAGGAUAUGUCAACCGUGAGUCAAAAAACAGAACUUCCUCAUCAAGUGGAAGAGUGGACAAAAGAACAUGUUCAUUACUGGUUAACUAAGGUGAUUGAAGUUGAUGAAAAGCAUGCAGACAAAUUGUAUGAGGAAGAAGUAUCAGGAAAAGACUUAAUUUGUUACAACCCCAAACAUCUUAAGGAACUUAAUAUAAAGCAUGGCCUAGCUGUUAGGAUUAUCACCAGGCUUAAUGAGUUAAAAAAGCUUUAUGAAGAUGGAGCAAAUUCUAAGUUGUCAGAACACUCCCACACAGAGGCCAUGCAAGACACAACAUCGCAUAAAAAACACUCCAGUAGCCUCUAUCCAUUUGAUCAGAGCUCAGCUUCUCAUAGAUACAUUGAAAACUACACAUUACCUCCAGAGACAGGACCAGGCAAUCUGAUCGAUCCAGUUCACGAGUACAAGUUCAUGGGCAGAACCGAUGACAUUCAUGUGAUGAAGAAGAAAUUGAAUAAAGAGGUGUUUCGGUUUGCAGCAGGGUGUAUGAACAGUCGCACAAAUGGAACCAUACACUUUGGUGUGGCAGAUUCCAAAAACUCUGAAUAUGCACACGGUGAGAUCAUUGGUGUCAGAGUUGAAAACAAGGACAACAUUAUAGACCACUUCAAUCAGGGCAUUAAGUCAUACUUUGAAGGUCACGCAGAUGAAGCAAAGGCAUGCAUCAGACAACCACGCUUCGUAGAAGUACUGUGCCCUAACAGCACCCUGUCUGGUAAAUAUGUCAUAGAAGUGGAUGUUGUUCCAUCCCACAGUGUAGUUCAGAGUAAACUGUUUUAUAUCCAAACUCUGGAUGAGGACAAUCAAUGGAAAAAGAGCAAAGGGAACUCGCUCUUUAUCAGAGGGGGGGCUGCAACCCGGGAUAUCUGCAAAAUCGGCAACCCAAAAGACUUACAAUGUGAAAUAGCCCAAAUAAACACACAAUUGAAUGUUCUAGACAAUAGGAGAAAAGAGGCGGAAAAAAGACCUGAAAGCAAAAGAACAUCAAAUCAGGGGGAAAAGCUGAAGAAUCUUUUGACAUGUGGAGGAAACAUGCUUGAUCAUUAUAACUACUACAUAAUUGCAACAAACAAAAGCCACUCUGAACAACUCCAGCAUCUUCAGUUCAUGACAACACUGAAACUGUUUUGUGUACUUGACUUUGAUCCAAACUCUGCCAAAGAUGGGUCCUGUCACUACUACAGAAAAGAUAGAAUUGCAAAUCUUCACAAACCAAGCCAAUUCUUUGGGGAUCCAGGAACUGUGGUAAAUACUCUUAACUUAUACAAACAACCUAGUUGGGUGUUUUGUAAUGGCAGAAAAGACCUUGACAAUGAUGCUGACAAACCACUCCAACCAAGCGAAUGGUUAAGAAACAAAGCAGGAGAAGUACAAGAUAUGAUCUCGUUCCUCUGUAACUCAGACACACUUCCAAGAGGACGAUUCUUAGUCAUAUUCCUCCUCCUGUCAACAGUUGAAGCCAUGAAUGAUCCAAUUUUUGACACAUUCAUGUCAUUUUAUAAAAACCUUGGAGGGACUGAGGACAUUCUAAGUAUCUGCACUUCAUAUGCUUCCUUUCAGAAAUGGAGGGAUUUCAUUCAAGCCAGAUGUGAACAUGACAUUAGUCUGCAGAGUAUAUACGACCUGGAGCUCAGCGAAAUCAAUGGCACAAUACUGAAACUGGGAGGGAAUAAGUCAAAUGCUAAAAGACUUCUUCCAUCUGCUGGAAGUUCAGUGGUUCUCGGACAGAAAGACGAGGACCUAAUGACAUCCCUUGAUAUCAUGUGUGAAAAUGAGUGUGAAAACAUAUAUGAUGAGAGCAGUGCAGAAUUUAAAGACUUCAGAAUAAUAACCGAGAGAGAGUUUUAUAGAGGAGGCAAAGUGAAAUGGUGGAACUUUUAUUUUUCAGAGCUACCUGGAGCAAAUCCAUUUAUAAAACGCGACAAACACUUAUCACUUGAGAACGCCAUCAGAUCUCAGACCAAAGACUCCAGAAACACUUGCGUCAUGGUGAAUCUUUUUCAUCACCCGGGCUGCGGUGCAACCACCAUGGCCAUGCACGUGAUGUGGAACCUACGAAAAGAAUUCAGAUGUGCCGUGUUAAAGGACAACACCGUCUCAAAAGAAGAAGUAGCCCAACAUGUUGCUCAUUUGAUGCAGUGUGGGAAAAAUGAGCAGUCGUUCAAAACGCCAGUCCUGCUGUUAGUGGAAGACUCAGAAGAAACGGAGAACAAAAAAGAACUCCAGAACUCUUUGAGGAAAAUCACAGCAGAAACGGGUACAUUUGUCAUCAUUCUAAACUGCAUACGUACAAACCUUCCAGAAGUUAGAUACAAGGAAAGUGUUAUUGACAGUGUGUUCAUUAAAGCGGCGCUGACCGACAAAGAAAAAUGUGCUUUUGAAAAGAAGCUUAAAGAACUUCAAGAAAUUGAAAAGAAGCUUAAAGAACUUCAAGAAAUCGAAAAGAAACUUAAAGAACUUCAAGAAAUCAAGUCUUUCACAACAGAGAACUUCUACAGCUUCAUGAUCCUGCAAUCCAACUUUGACCCAGAAUAUGUCGCAAACGUUGCUUCUAACAUCUUGAAAGAUUUCAAAGUUGAGAGCAAGCGAGAGGAACUCUUCUGUAUACUGGCUUUGUUGAACUCAUACGUGGCUGAACCUGCGAUCUCAAACUCUUUAUGUGCAGAUUUUCUGGGUAUUAAAAGUGCAUUAUGGGGAAGAGAAUCUGUGCUGGAGAAAAUGGAGCCGUACUCUUGUUUACUGAUUGAAUAUGAGGCGGAAGAAUACGGCGGAUUAAAAGCAGUUAGCUUUGUCCAUCAGUACCUUGCAACUGAAUGUGUCAAACAGCUAGACGAGUCACAUAACUCCUCCAGGGAUGACAUAGUCCUUAACAUACUGCAUUGUGAUCUCCUUUUCAAAACUUUCGCAGUAAAAGAUGUUCUUGUUCAGUCGCUGAAAAACAUGCUGAUCACUCGACAACGCAAGGCUGAAGGCGACGAGAAAGACACAUUGUUUUCACCCUUGAUAGAGGACAUCAACUCCAAGAAGGAUGGUCUAAACAAAACUCAAGAAAUCUUUAGUGCUGCCCUGCAAAGAUUUAAUAAAGACUUCGCAAUUCCUCAAGCUCUAGCGAGACAUCUCUACCUGAAUGAGAAGAACUUUGCACAAGCUAAAAUUUGGGCAAACAAAGCCAAAGACAUAAAAGAAAAUUCUUAUACGGUAGACACCAUCGGACAAGUCUCCAGAAGUGAGCUGAAAUACAAACUUGAGUGCAAAAAGCAAGAUACCAAACCACUGACAGCGAAGGAGUUAAAGGAAUAUUUCGAGCUUGCAUACACAGCAACCAAAGCCUUUAAAAGAGCUCAAAGCCUUGCAAAGACAGAUGAUGCCCCUGAAAAUGAAAACGAACUUUAUAGAAAGUUGAGCCCUUAUAAUAUAUCUGGCUACAUGGGUGAAAUCGACAUGGCCAUGAUAGUUUUUGACAUCAUCAAAAAACUGCCGUUGUUUGAUGAAUGUGAUCCAAUGAAAGAUCAUUACAUUCAGAGCUUUCUCAAGGGAACCGUAUCCUGCUCUAACAUGCCAGUGUCUAAAACUGAAUCCGGUCAUGAAUUUGUAUUUGUUCUUCAGGAAUAUGAACCUUUCCUUAAAUCUUUGAAAUCGCAGGUAAAAGAGGCCUUUAACUUCAUUGAAAUGUACUACACUUACACAAAAGAAAGAGGAGUCGAUGACAGGAAAGACAAGAAGACUCGCAAGAUGAUCUCCAUACACUUUCAAAAUUAUAUGUCAGUGUUUUGCUCCUCUGCAACAGAAAAACAAAUUGAGAGAAUGCAAAAACCAAAAAUAAGCUUGAACAUGGAGAUUGAAGAGUGCCGAAUGUUCCUGGAAGAAAAGAGGGCAGAUACAUUCCCAGGGCUUCUCCAGUUUUUGGACCAAAAAAAAGAGACUGUAGAAACGAUUGCUAAGAAAUACUCAUCAAUGUUCGAUAAAUCUGCAAUCAAAACAACUAAAGACAAAACAAAUCACCUGCUGGUACAUAUAAUACUGAAGCUGAUUUAUCCAAAAUCACAGUCAGCAAAACCCAUGGAGGACCUCAACAAGCUUUUGAAAGAAAUUUUGCAAGAUGUUGGCACACAGCAUCAAUACCCAGAACCGUACUAUCUCGCCAUACUUUUACUCUGGCCUGGAAGAAAUGUUGACAGCAGGAACAUUAAGACUUAUGUUGAUAAACUUAAAAGUUCAGCAAGAAAACAUCUCUCCUAUAUGUCUAGAAAGAGGUCCACAAUUGCACACUUCUUUCUAGGAACAUCUGAUGGACUUCAGAGGCUGGUGCCAAAAGUUUUCCUGGACAGAUCAAUCAGUAGUGUGAGGAAUCGUAAUGUUCUCUGGCAAAGAGCAGAAAUCUUUAAGGAACCCUCAAUAAAAAACAAGCUUCUCCGAGUGAAUGGAACGAUUGAGCAAGGUGAGGUCUUCACAGAGUGUGGAAAUCUUCAAAUCCCAGUGCGUCCUGCUUUCCUUGGAGGAGUGAGAAGUGGCUGCAGCACUGAGAAAGUGUCCUUCUACAUUGGCUUUGCCAUGGAUGGACCGCUUGCUUACGACAUUCAGUAUGAAGAUGAUGGUUAGAACACAUAACAAUGGACUAAAUGCAAAAACAUGCUUCUAGCAACAUUCUUAAAAGCUCAGUUAUAGUCAAGUCAUAUCAGGCAUUUAGAAACAAAACAUUUUUCUUUUUUUUUACAUUACACCAUAUUUAAUCAUGUUGACCAAUGUUUAGUCAAAACAAUAGAAAAAAUCAGUUUGAAUGAUGCAUAAGGGAUUACAUGGAAAAAGAUGUCUCAGACUUGGUUUAAAGUAAGUUAUAAAAUGUUUCAUACAGCAACAUACUAUUCUUGUUCUAACUGAAGACAUGUACAGAAUAUCAAGUCUAUAUAAUGUAUAUGUAAAUCUUUUUGAUUUCAAAUAAAUAUUUGUACACAGAA